AUGUUCGGCUUCGGUUCCUCCUCCGCCUCCUCAUCCACCCCUCCCCCCGCCUCCGAACCCACCGUCGCCCCUACCCGCGAACAGCGGAAACACUGCUGGGAGUCCCGCGACGCCUAUUUUGCGUGUCUGGAUAAGGGCAAUGUCAUGGUAGCCGGAGGAACAGAACCAGGGGAGGCGGGAUGUAAGGCGGAACGGAAAGGGUACGAGGUGCACUGCGGGAAGAGCUGGAUCGACUACUUCAACAAACGGAGAACACUCGAGCUGCGGCAAAAGGCGACGGUGGAAGCAGCAGCAAGGCAGCGAGACUCAAAUCCAGCCAAUAAGGGAUUAUGA